CUCCUUCUUCUUCUUCUUCCUCUUCAUCGUUGUAGAUUUAGAUCAACUCUCGGUGUAGAAUGGGAGGGUGAAGGCGCACCAUCUCCACCGUAACGUGACGCCAUAGCCUUGGGCAGGUCAGACUCUGGUGAUGCAGCAGGUAUGUACCUCCUUUCUGGUCCUCACGGAAGCGCAUAUCGCUUGCGCCUCGAAAUACAGCCCUUCCUCGGCGAUCCUCUCCAUGUGUCUCCUUUUCAACUGGUUGCUGCUUUCGGCGCCACAGUACCUGUACCUGUGCCUGGCAUCCUGACCGAGAAGAGGAUCACUGGAACGCCAUGUAAGAUGGUCUGCCAAGAUUGUGAGGGUGAACUACAAUUUCAAAGCUCGGGGAACUUGUUUCUGGUUCGUAGGGCGAGAGAGCCUUACAGCCCUACUACAGGGUUGUCGCAGUUGAGGAAAUGAUUUCUAAUUUGUGGAGAGCCUUAAAUGUUGUGCUGAAAGUGUGAGUACGAUGGGGCAUGUAUCUUGUAAAAUAUCGGUUGGAUGAGAAUUUUGGUUGUGUAAGUUCGGACACGCUGCGUUAUUUGAAAGACUGCUAAGAAUGAGUUGACAAUACUGGUGGAUGGCCUCGCGGAUGGACAGUCUGUGUGUGUUCAAGAGUUGACAAGGUUUGUAUCACGUUAUCAGUGUUAAUCAAUCUGUGUCAGGAGUCAUCUGUGGUAGAGUACAAUGUCCAAUCGCUAUGAAAUUGUAGCUCUCUGAGAUUUCUAACUGGAGUUGAGUGAAUCAUGAUGUAGCAUAGAGGUUUACAUCAUGCAGGUUUUCAAUGACAUUCAAGUCCGCAUGAGAUUUUGUCUUCAUGAUUUAAUCUUGAAUUCACAGGAAAUGAUCAAGAUAGGACCGGAAUUGCUUGCGUAGACAUGCAGUUGUAUCCAAUUUGUCACUUGCUUUGACAGCAACAUUUAAUCAUUAAGUUGAUUAGUGCUUCAAAAAUCAACGAUGCCUUUAUCUACACACACAACGAUGGGCUCGUCAUAAUUGAAUCACAGCGAAAUUGAAUCGCAAAUAGAGCCAGGUCCGAAGAUGAUCACCAUCAUAGCUUCGCUAAUGUCUUGAUCUUCAAUUUUUGAUGUGGAGAGGUGGAUGUACUCUUCAGAAGAAAUGAAUGACGAAGUGACCACAAUUACACCGAGCUGGAUGGGAAUGCGUUUUUGUGCACGAAGACAGUCACUUUCUUGUUAAAUUAAUAACCUGCACCAUUGUUCGUGUUAACUAAAGCUGUGAGCGGAGCGAGUGGCAAUCAGAUGUGGACUAAUGGCAAGAAAGACCUACAGACACAUCACUUGCUAUAUCUUGGUCGAGCAUCAUGGGCGUGUGCCCAUUUCUUGAAUAUAUACAUUUUUGAAACAUACGAUUGUCGAAUGACUGCUUGCAUGUGGCUACUCAUCUGAAGUCUCCCCUCGUCAAUCUUCUCAUGGAAAUAGCGCCAAACAGCAUUGGAUUUCAUGAAGAAUAGCUAUUGGGUACUUGUAUCGGUGGAUAGGAUGGACGCUGCCCUCGAGAUUCCAUGCAGGAUAAUAUAGUGAGUUUGCAACGGGACCAUAAUGAAGAGCAAGAAAGAACUCACCAACGGAAAGAGAGGCUGCAAUGGGUGGAACAGCGUGAGACGAUUUGUGCACAUUCGCUGGUUAUGCGCGGCGUCGUUAGUAUUUGCGUUGUUCCUCGUUGGCGUCCACCAUAGCUUGAUGGACAAAUUCAUGAUCGGCGUCGACGUCGUAUCAGUGGGCGUGGCCACCAAAUCUGGCCUGCCUCGAUGUAUGCAGUGCAAUUCAGGCAUCUUCAAUUUCCCUCAGAAAAAUGGAAGUAGGCGAGGUGUGGAGAAGCUCUUGGGGCAGCAGAAGUUUAUCGAGGACGAUGAGAAAUUUAUGUACUAUUCACCGCAUAGCGGCUUCAACAAUCAGUUGUCGGAGCUUCGGAACGCGCUUCUGUUCUCAAAAAUUUUAAAUCGAACUCUUAUCAUUCCUCCCGUGCUCGAUCAUCAUGCAGCGUGGUUGGGCAGCUGUCCUAAGAGACGCGUGUUGCGGCCACAUCGUCUCCGUGCCCUCGUCUGGACGAAGAUCUUUGAUUUGUUAACAAAUUCCAGGUAUACUUCAAUAGCAGAUAUAAUCGAUUUAUCUUCUAUUACGCCAUCAAAAGUGAAAACCAUCGACCUGCGAAUCUUUCUAUCUCUCUGGUGUAAUGUUGAUAUUAAAGCUGCUUGUGGAGGUUCAUUGUGUAAAAACUUUUCUGGCAUCUUUGUCGAUCGCAAUUAUGCGACUUGUGCUCAGCUACUUAACCCUUUGCCACGAACUCCGCAGAAUUGUUGUGUUCAUAAUGUUGACAAUGACUGCACCUCAACAAUCUGGAAAAAUUAUCCGAAAUCUCUGAAAAACAAUCACGCAUCUUUUGGCGUUCAGGAAUCGCGCAACGACAGUACUCGAAGGGUGCAGCGUGCAAGACGUCGAGCUCUACUGGCAGAAAAUUUGUCAAAUGAAUGGAAAGCAGAGAAGGCAACGAGGUCGGAGAUAGAAGUACUGACAAUCGAAAGUUCUUUAGGGUCAAAUUCCUUUGCUGGAAAUUUUUGUGUCUUGGCAUUCGGAAGCAUGUUCAGCAUGAGUUACAAAGGGAUUAUAUCACACAUUGACAUUCGAGCACCGUCGGGAGACAAGGACUUGGAUGACCUAAUUCACUCGCUCCAAGUCUUUCCGUAUUCUUUGGACCUUGUCGCAGCAGCAAAAUCAUACAUCCGCGAACAAAUAGCUCAACCGUUUUACUGUGCUCAAGUGAGAUUACUGGAUGGGCAGUUUAAGAAUCACUGGAAUUCGACAAUUCAGUUUUUUAAAGACGAGCUAACGUUACUUAAUUCGGCACUUGGGUCCAGUAAUCCAACUUCCUUAUUUUUAAUGACCGAUCUUUCUUUUGAAAAUUGGACUAAAUCAGACCUGAAAGAGCUUCUGGAUUCUCGAGAUCUGUUUCAAGUGCACAAGAUCGACACCAGGAAUGAUUUGAUACAAGAAGCAAGCAGGAGAGUACUCACAGCAGAGUCUGGCUUCUUGGUGGGCUUCACUUCAAACGUGAAAAGGAUACAGCAAAAUCAGGCCCAAUCUCCAAUGUUAGAUAAAAAUACUCAUGUCAAACUUGCUAUGGAGGAGAUUGUAUGCAGUUGUGCCAAACUUGGAUUCUCGGGUACAGAAGGAUCCACCAUAGCCGACAAAAUCAAGGAUUUAAGAGCGCAAGGCAUCUGCAGUGGUUUCGAUUUGUUUGUUCACAAUGACGUGUUGCAGAAGCAAUAAUUCCAUUGCAUCUACAUCUAAUGGCUGCAACCUGUGGACACUGUGUGUGUGUGUGUUUUUUUUUUUUUUUUUUUUUUUUUUGGCACAAAUGAAUAUGUAUUCAUUGCAGGGAGUAACCGAUACAAGGCUAGGCAAAAAUAGAGUUAAAAAAACCUCUGCCUGACUGGACUGGUGACUCAACAUUAGUUAUGGUGCAACCCAGCUAAAUGGGAUCAUGGUCUACUGUUCAAAGUGUUACAUUUAUACGUGAGCCAGUAUAGCUGGCUGCCCGAUCUAGAGCAAAGUACACUAUUACUACUCCAUGAGUUGUCGAAUGAUUUGGACCAUAAAUCAUUAGUAUCUUCAAGAUUUGCCAGUUUUGGAUCAAAUCAUUCCACUCUAUUCUACUAUAGUCUGGCAGGUUGCACCAAAUCCAAGUGGUUGUUUGUGCCAGUGGCUAGUCGUCGUCAUGGAAUUCUUUAGCAUUUCGCUCCAGCUAGAGUUCCCAGAGGGUGAUGCCGUGCAGUAGAGUCCACAUUAGCUUGACCUUACUAAAUCUUUUGAGCAAGUUCUUUGAAAAAAGGUAGUGGUGCUAGUCAUGCUUGAACUACGUGGGUGGUUCGCUCUUCUUGCAUUGUAUGUCUUGUAUUAUCAUUACACACUAGUUCCAGAUUCUUAGACAGAGUCCUCCUGUUGUAUUUGUUUCUUAAGUCAAGUGUUUUUCCAGUCAAAUUUGGUAGAGGGUAGGAGCAAGUUCUUCCACUUGGUGGAGUGGAAAUUAAGUAGGAUAUUUGUACUGUAUAGGCAUUCAUGUAUGGCUUUGGUGGUGAAAGCUAGCACAGAAAGCUUGCUUGGCUAUUUGAAUCUUUCCAGGUCAAACUGGAGGUCAAGGAGUGGUCUACAGUAAAAUUGGGUAUGAUAUUGGUGUACUCCUUUCAUGAUCUCAGUAACUCUGAUUUUUUGUAAUGUACCUCUAAGUGUCAUUUCUUCGGUGUUCCCAACUGAGUAGAGCUAUGGAAAAGCCUCCAUGGCUGUUAGCCACAUUCAAAUAUCAGGGAGGGUCACAAGCAUCUGGAUUUCCUGUGCAAGUAUAUACAGGUCCUUUGGAGGGUCUCUGAUUUUGAUGGUGGUUUCCAGUUCACAUUGGGACAUGAAAACAGAAUGCAAGGGCAAGGACAAGAGGCUAGUGCAAAAGGAAAAGAUCCAACCAAUCAUUUUGGCUUGGAGCAACAACUUUGGUGGAGAAGAGGUGGCCAAAUUCGUUCUGAAUGGCCUUUGAAAUCGUAUCCUAGGCAGAUAUCUCAACAUCUUGAAGGCCAAAGUGGGCCUGUACUUCUGCCUGAGGGAGCAAAAAAUUUGUGAGAAGAUCCCAGUAAUCUUGAACUAUUUUGAGAUUUGAGUUGAACUCAUGUGCCUUGAUUUUGGGAAUGGCUGGGAUGUAUACUAUUGGCAAACUCAGGACUGUGCUAUAGGCCAACAUUUAAUACUGCUUCAAAAGACUUCAACCUACACCAUUGAAAUUAGUUUAUUAUUUGUUUCCAUGCAUUUAUGACCAUGUUCCAUACCUUAGAACCUGUAAAGCAUUGAUGAUUACAUAUCAGAGGGUAGUGGGGUCAAAGUACCAAUGACCUCUCUUCUCAAAUUGAUAGCAUAAAACUCUAUAUUGGAGAAAAUAGUGCAGGUUAGAGCAAUCAGGCUCAUAG